AUGGAACCCAAGCAUUUGGGAGUGGAACUGCCAGCCGCCCCUGCUCGUCGUGGAACGGGCUUCAAUCGUGGCCGUGGCGGUGCUCGAGGAACCUCUGCGUACAACACACGCGGAACAACAAGAGGAGUUCGUGGUGGGCCGGCUUUGCGGGGCGGCGCAAACAACCGCGGCGGGGGACAGAGGAGAGGCUGGAGGGACUGGGACAAAAAUAAUCGUGCUCGAGAGGCAUCAGUGGUUAUUUCACCUGAAUGGAGCAUGCUCGAGGAAAUUGAAUUUCAUCGACUUUCCAAACUGCGCCUCGAGGUUGAUGAACCCGACGAGUUAGAAUCUUAUGGUCGACUUUUCGCCUACGAUAAGUCUUACGACCGAGUAACGACGAAGACGGAGAGGCCUCUUCAAUUGGUGGAUAGGAUUAAAUACAAUACGACGACAUCAGACGACCCCGUCAUCCAACGGCUUGCACAACAAAACGUCGCGAAAGUCUAUACCACUGAUGCGAUUCUCAGCGUUCUGAUGUGCGCUCCUCGCUCAGUCUACCCAUGGGAUAUUGUUAUUGUUCGCGAAGGCGACGCCCUAUUCUUCGACAAGCGGGACGGUGGACCAUUUGACACCGUCACGGUCAACGAGAACGCGGCUGACUCACCUCAAGACCCUACCCCACCCAACCCGAACGAUCCAACUGCAAAAGCAGCGACUCCAGAGACGGCAUCUAUAAACACUGCGACAUCUCUCUCUUUGGAAGCCACCUACAUUAACCAAAACUUCGGAUUCCAAUCAGUCAUUGAAACUCCUCCACCUCCUGCUGUCGAUUUUGCUAAUCCCAACCCAUUCUAUGGCCCGGAGGAAACCGAGCCUCUCGCAUCUUGUGGUUAUCGAUAUAGGCUUUUCGAUUUGGGCAUUACUGAAGAUGAGGACAUUAAAAUCUGCGUCCGUACCGAGGUGGAUGCCUAUUCUCCCGGCCAAGGCAACCCCAAGGAGGGUCAGGGGUUAGUGACGAUCCGUGCUCUCAACGAGUUUGAUACUCGGGCGCAAGGUGCUGGCGGUGCACCUGAUUGGCGAUCCAAGUUGGAUUCCCAGCGUGGCGCUGUUGUUGCAACCGAGAUGAAGAACAAUAGCUGCAAACUUGCAAAAUGGACCGUGCAAAGUGUGCUUGCCGGAGCUGAACUCAUGAAGAUCGGAUACAUUUCUCGCGCGAACCCUCGCGAUAACACCCGUCACGUAAUUCUCAGCACCGCAUCGAUGCGGCCCACCGACUUCGCGGCCCAAUUGAAUGUCGUAUUGGCCAACGGGUGGGGCAUCGUCCGAACUGUCACUGAUAUGUGCAUGAAAAUGCCUGAGGGCAAAUAUGUGCUCGUGAAGGACCCUAACAAGCCGGUGAUCCGCCUUUACUCCGUACCAAUGUCGACUUUCACGGGUGAGGAUGAGGAAGGAAGCGAACCAGCAGAAGAAGAGUAG